CCGGGCAGAAGCCAAGACCCCGCGCGGGCCGCGGGCGCGCCCCGGAGUCCCGGAGGCCGGAGCAGCCCCAGCUGUCAGGCGCGAACAAAGGCCGCCGAGCGUCGGCGACGGGGCUGCGGGCUGCGGCGCGGCCAAUGAGCGGGCUGCGGUGCGCCGGCCCCGCCUCGCCCCGCCCCGCGGCUCCGGGGACCCCGCGCAGGAGGCCGGCCGGAGAGCCGGGAGCGGGCGCUCGGCGGACUGCGGCGAGAGGGCCGAAAGUUUGUGCGCCCGCCUCCGCCGGCCCGGCGAGCGCCCACGGAGGCGCGCUGGGGAGCAGCCCGACCGAGGACGCCCCGCCGCCGCCGCCGCCGGCCCCGGGAACAGAGGUAUCUUGGAAUCAGCGCCGGGGCGCGGGGUGCAGGUCUGCAGCUCCUCCCCAGGCCCCAUGAGGGCUUGGCUAUGACUGCAGUCCCUCGGAGAAGCCAGGACUGCCCCUCGUGGCCACAGCGCCCCAUCCAGGCCAUCUCCAAACCCCGAUCGUCAUGGGUAGUGUCAGCAGUCUCAUCUCAGGCCGUCACGGCUUCCACGGCAAGCACUGCCGGGCGUCACAGUACAAACUGCGCAAGUCCUCCCACCUCAAGAAACUCAACCGCUACUCGGAUGGGCUGCUAAGGUUCGGUUUCUCCCAGGACUCCAGCCACGGCAAGUCCAGCUCCAAGAUGGGCAAGAGCGAAGACUUCUUCUAUAUCAAAGUCAGCCAAAAAGCGCGGGGCUCCCACCGCCCCGACUACACAGCCCUGGCCAGCGGUGACCUGGGGGGCCAGGCCGGGGUGGACUUCGACCCGUCCACCCCACCCAAACUCAUGCCCUACUCUGGCCAGCUGGAAAUGGGCUCAGAGAAGGGUGCGGCGAGGCCCACUGCCUUCAAACCCGUGCUGCCCCGUUCUGGAGCCCUCCUGCACUCCUCCCCGGAGAGCACCGGCCACCAGCAGCUGCACGUGGCUGCCGCGGACAAGACCAAGGAGCAGGAGCUGAAGCCCAGCCUGUGUUCGGGGGCACUGUCCGACUCGGGCCGGAACUCCAUGUCCAGCCUGCCCACGCACAGCACCACCAGCAGCUACCAGCUGGACCCGCUGAUCACACCCGUGGGGCCCAGCAGCAGCAGCCGCUUCGGAGGCUCCGCCCACAACAUCACACAGGGACUCCUCCCCCAGGACAGCAACAUGAUGAGCUUGAAGGCACUGUCCUUCUCUGACGGCGGCAGCAAGCUUGGCCACCAGCACCACCACCAUCAGCCUCCGGGUAAGGCAGCAGCGGUGGCCGUAGCGGACAAGGGCUUGUCUUGUGUGCGUUCCCCACUCUCCACGGAUGAGUGCAGCCUGCAGGAGCUGGAGCGGAAGCUGCUGGCGCGGGAGAAGCUGCACCGCAGCUUUGAGGAGAAAGAGCUGGUCCAGGAGGAGCGCCCUCGCCGUGCGAUGGCCAUGGCGGGUAGGGACGAGCCACCGGAGGGCCACAGCAGGCUCAAGCCGACGCAGGCGUCGCAGAAGAGCCAGCGAGCCCAGCAGGUGCUGCAGCUGCAGGUGUUGCAACUGCAGCAGGAGAAGCGGCAGCUGCGGCAGGAGCUCGAGAGCCUCAUGAAGGAGCAGGACCUGCUGGAGACCAAACUGCGCUCCUACGAGAGGGAGAAGACCAGCUUCGCCCCUGCCCUGGAGGAGACCCAGUGGGAGGUGUGCCAGAAGUCAGGCGAGAUCUCGCUCCUGAAGCAGCAGCUCAAGGAAUCGCAGACUGAGGUCAACGCCAAGGCCAGCGAGAUCGUGAGCCUGAAGGCACAGCUGAAGGAGGCGCGGGGCCGGCUGGAGGGCACGGAGCUGAAGACGCAGGACCUGGAGGGCGCCCUGCGCACCAAGGGCCUGGAGCUGGAGGUGUGCGAGAACGAGCUGCAGCGUAAGAAGAACGAGGCGGAGCUGCUGCGGGAGAACGUGAGCCUGUUGGAGCAAGAGCUGCUGACGCUGCGGGCACAGGCCACUAGGCCACCUGUGCCACCGCCGCCUCCCCCCACAGGGCCCGCCCCGCCCCCAGGGGUGGCGCCCGAGGACAUCCCAGCCCUACAACGGGAGCUGGAGCGGCUGCGCGCAGAGCUAAGGGAGGAGCGGCAGGGCCACGAUCAGAUGUCCUCGGGCUUCCAGCAUGAGCGGCUGGUGUGGAAGGAGGAGAAGCAGAAGGUGAUCCAGUACCAGAAGCAGCUGCAGCAGAGCUACCUGGCCAUGUACCAGCGUAACCAGCGCUUGGAGAAGGCGCUGCGACAGCUGGCCCGCGGGGAUGGCCCCGUAGGGGAACCCUUGGAGAUUGAGCCCUUUGAAGGGGCUGACAUCCCCUACGAAGACAUCAUAGCCACAGAGAUCUGACAGGGGGUGGGGGACGGGGUUCCCCAUCGCAGAACAGCCACCCCGCCCCUGGACACAGAUUUGGGGGUGUCUCAGCGUGGCCUCUCCUUCCCUGUCCAUGUUCCCUGCGCUGAGAAUUCCUGCAUUCCACGGGAUCCGUUCCCCUGUCUGUAACGUCUAGGGGUCAGCGUGUGCGUUGCUGCGCUCUAUGUGUCCAAAGCGGAAGUGAUACUUGCUGCUGAGGCCCACGUGACCCUGUCCAGGACAGAAGCGAGCUGUUCUGCUUCUCAUCCAUAGCUGCGUCCCCCCCGCGAGCCUGUGUCUCUG